AUGGCCACUCCAACUCUGAACAGCCAGUCUGCCCUGAUGGUGGAGAUGGAGGCACGCGUACGGCAUGCACUUGAUAGCGCCCUGGAUGCCCGGCCAAAGAAGACCCGGAUGCAGUAUGAGUCGCGCCAGGAGGAGUGGAGGCAUUUCUGCCGGACGAAGGGCUUCCAGGAUGGAGAGCUGGUGACAGAGCAGAAGCUGCUCUGGUUCCUGUCUGAAUGUGUGGUUGGCCGUCCAGCCAAAAGAUCCUGCCAUUCCCGCGACCGUACAAAUGAGAAUGGAGAGCCUGUUGUGCAAACCCUGGGCCAACCAUCCAUCAAGGCCUACAAGGCUGCAAUUGUCAAUCUCUGGAGCUACCAACGGAGCUGUCGUACAAACCCUCACCCCCAUCCAGUUGGCCAGGCCGUCCGGGCCCUGCUUGAAACCCAUUCAAGACAGGAGCAUGAACGCAAGAAGGCAGAGUUUGUGGAUCGCGGCGCAGGAACCCUGCUGGAUGGAUAUCAUGAGAAGGACAUUGUACGGCUGGUUGAGUACUGCUGGCAGGGCUGGUCAGAGUCCAAAAAAGGCCAGUCAGUGGAGCCACAUCUCCGCACUGCAGUGGACUUCCUAAUGGGCCACAGCAUGCUUCUCCGCGGUGAAUCCCGCCGUACGGCACAGCUGGCUGAUCUCUUCACCCUGGAGCUGACAAAUGAAGGCCCAACCCCUUGCUUCCCCAUGGUUUUGAUCAUGGGAAAUGGCAAGACUAACCAGAUGGGCCGGAUUGAGUAUGCCACAGUGAUGCGCCAUUGCAACCCCUUGCUCUGCACCAUGGCACAGACAGCCUUUUACCUCUUCUACCGAUGGGACAUUGUACGAGAGCCACCACCCCAGUUCCACAACCGCCAGGACUGGUACCAGCUGCACCUGAUCAAGGGGGAUGAUGUGAGGAAGCCCCUGUCGUAUGAGACCCAGCUGGACUGGAUUCGACGCAUCUACAGUGGGACAGGGCUUUCUGGCCUGAAGAAGACCCAUGCUGGGCGAGCUGCUGGAGCCAGGCAUGCAGAGCAGGUUGGGGUCAGUGAGGGCCAGAUCCGCCGUGCUGGAAGAUGGAACAGUGAUGCCCUCAGCCAGUGCUAUCUGACUAACAUCCCCAGGAAGUUUGUACGGGCCAUGGCUGGCUUUGACUCCCGCACACCUGGGAACUUCUACCUGCCGCGGGCCAGGGUGCCUGUGCCUGAGUCACUGGAGCGCGCUGUCUGGCCCUGGGUUGAUGACUGGAUGCGGUGGUUUGAGUCGUAUGAUGCCCAGGACCCCAACUCCUGCCUCCAGGGGCCAGAGCUGAGAAGAUUUUCAGAUCAGAGUGGUCCUUGGGACCAGCCCAGGGGACCUUCUGCUGUGCGGCUGGAUAGGGAUGAUCUGGCUGCUCAAGGGUUUCUACGCCUGCUCCAUCAUCUCCGUACGGUCCUCCUGCAGGACUCUGUCAUCCUUCAGCCUCUCUUCCCCGGCCACCCCCUGUGGACCAGCCCUGUGUUCAUGAGGGAGGACUAUCGUCAGUUUGCAGAGGCAGUCCGGGUGGCCAACACCCACAAAGAGGAGCCGUACGAAAUGCAGCUGCAGCAGACAGUGCCCAUGGUGGCAGAUCAGCUGCGCAUUGUACAGCAGGAUCUGGGUGUGGCCUGUGGUCAUUUACAUACUGCCCUGGAAACAGGACUGCAAAAAAUUAACAACCAGUUAGAAGCACUGACCAGUGGGCAGGUUUCUUUUCUUGUACGAGCAUUUCCUGCUGGUCAAAGAAUGAUGACAGCAGCUGCUGCCUUUGAAGAUAAAGAUGAAGAGAGAGACAGUGGUUCUACAGCAUCCAGAGAAGCACAAGCCCCAGCCUGUUCAUUAGGGGUAGCUCCAGCCUCUGCUAGUGCCUCUGUUCCAGCCACAUACCAGCUUUCUCGUACAAUCACUACAGUCCCAGAUCUGUGGCAGGAAUGGACAGUUGGUCUGGGGGGUGGCCCUUCAGUACAGAGUCUAGAUGCCUUGUACGGAGCAAAAUGGCGGCCAGGUGGCACAGAGAGAAUGUUCUACAGCAGAAGAAAGGUGAUCAUUGAUUAUAUUAACAGACAGAGACAGGGGAGUGCCAGUGGCAGUGCUGCUGUAGAGGAACUAGAGCUUGUACGGCAGCGUGGGAAGCUCAGUUUGAACAGACUAUCCAGAAUGCUGCGAGUGAAAAAGAAACUGCCCUGAUUCUUAUUAUGGCAAACCCUGUCCAUCAUACCCAGCACGGCCCGUCGUACGAUAGGAAGAUAAAGAAGAAGAGAUGCUGAAUACAUGAUGGUGGUUUGCUUGGCUUCACCCCUUAGGGCUACUGGUCCUGGACACUGCGUAGAAGUGCAAACCAUGUCCAGGUGCCGUACACAGGGCCUGUACGACUAGGCAAGAGCAGUUGAGAAAAAUCACAAAGAAAAGAAAGAAAGCAGACAAGCCAGAAAAGAAAGUCCAUGCAUACCUAGUUUAAGGUGAUAGGAUUGCUCUGAGAGCCAUCCUCUGGCUCCUCAGGCUCCUCAAUCUCGUACGGGAAGACUGACGGCGGAUCUCCAGAGCGGGGCGGGGGGGAAUUGGUUUCAACAUGGAUGGGAUCAUUUGCUGUCCCACUCUCAAGGAGAAGAAUUGGGCGGGCAGGAGACAGUCCCAGGCUGGCCCUGCUGCCUGGUGUGUGUGGGUGGCCAGCAGCUCUGUACGAACUCGGUCCUCUGUCAUCAUACCUCACUGCAGAUUCUGGCCUGCCAUGCAGAGAGCAGCGGGAUGCAUAGUCUGGCCAUUUGCAGUUCCCGCAUGCGCCUCCAAAGUGACCGUACGCACGGCGGCACAAUGGGAAUGGGGCCAUGGGCUCCAUCUCUGUGCAUCUGUUGCAGAUACUGCUCCAGUGCAAAGUUCUCCCGCGUGACUGGAUCAGAAUUGCAUUGAUGUACGACUGGCGGUGCAUGUUAAUCUGGUAGGGGAAGAUUCGUCCGAGAACAAACUCCACAUUCCUUCCUGGUUGAGCAAGCAGUCGCCGUGACUGAGGGGAGUGGGCGUACGGGGCCAGCUGAUUCUGUCCAACAAAGAGACAGGGUGGUUGACCAUCAGUUUGGGCCCGGGCAGCAGCUUCAGCAAGGUCCUGCUCCAUCUGGUCAGGGUGGGAGGGGGUCCAUCGAACAAGCGCCCUAUA